AUGAAGAAAGCAGCAUUCUUCUUUCUUGUCUUUGUUCUGGUAGCAAGUUUAGUCAGCAGCCGCAAGCUUCCAGAGCCCGGCAAUAGCAUCAAAGCAUUGACCCCUGUCCUAAACUCCAUUCCUCGUACUCCCGGAGCUUCUCUUGAGGAUUUAGCCCAAAUUUCAAUUGACUUGGCAGAAUCCCAUGCAAAUUCCACGUACAAGUUGAUUGAAUCCCUUGCGAGAAAAACAAAUGACCCAAAAUUGAAGGACGUCUACCAAGCAUGUCUGGAGAAUUAUGAAGAGUCAAUUGACAGCCUAGCACUUUUUGCCUCGGCUGCUGAGACCGGAGCUGAUACUUGUGAAGAUGGCUUUUCAGAGGGUUCUUAUCCAGAAGCUCCAGAGAUUAAACAAGCAAAUCAAAAGUUGGAAGAUCUUUGUAGCAUCAUAAUCGUAUUGGUUAUAUCUAAUCGUUUAUUAAUGGCCUGA